AUGUACAAAAGUGAGCACAAGAGUAGUAAAAGUCCAGAGAGGCGAUCACACAGGGAUCAAUAUGGCGACGAUUAUAAUAAAAGUAGUUCGUCAGGUUAUAAGUGGGGAGGUAAAGAUUACGAAGAAGAUCGCUUCGGUUCAUCAAAUAAAGAUGCAAAAAGCUACAGUCCUUACAAAAAGAAAUAUGUAGAGCAGGAUUAUAAAACAAAGAAGUACGAUGACUACCACAAAGAAUCGUCUUCAAAGUUCGAUAGGAAGAAAGACAGUAGCGAGGAGAGUGAUGAUAAGAGAGAUACGAUGAUUAGGAGCAGGAAAAGCGACAGUCGAUUGCCUAGAUCUUACAGGUCGAGAUCUCCAGUGAAGAGUUACUCUAGCAAAGACAUUUCUGAUGAUUACAAAAGUAAGGACUCUGAUUACAGAACCAAAGAGUCUGAUUAUCGGAGUAAAGAGUCUGAUUAUCGGAGUAAAGAGUCUUAUUAUCGAAACAAGGAUCUAAGUCGCCAGCUAUAUAAAAGUGAGUACCUGGCUAAAGAUGAUGCCUAUCACCAAAGAAAAGAUGCUAGACCCUAUGUUAGCAAUGAGUUCAUUAGAAGAUUUCCACCACCUCCUCCACUACCACAUUGUGGCACCACCAUCAGAAAGUAUUCUCCCAAACGUUAUGAUUUAGGUAAAGAUAGGGUGAGGCCAUUUUACAAAUCGAAAUACCCCCCUCCUCCUCCUCAUCUGCCAGCUGUUGUUCCUCCACCGGCCGGGAGAAGAAGAUCCAACUAUUCACCAUCCUACAUCAAAGCAAUCACCUCUAAACCCGAAUCCCUUUUCAAAUCUCUCAGUCCCAAGUUGAAACCGAGACCAUACCUAGGUAACUCAAGGUUCUUCAAUAUAAAGUACCGUUACAAACCGCCAGAUAACAAAUCGACUUCUGCUGAGAAUAAAACAUCAAAUGAAGACAAACAACCCGAAGGUGAUGGCACUCACAAUGAGGAUGAUAAUUAUAAGAAUAAUGCUGAAGAUGGUGGUGAUAGUGAAGACAAGAUGAAGAAGAGAGAUAACGAUGAUGAUGCAACAGCUAACCAGCAACAGCUCGGCAACAAAAAAAGAUAUUUAGUUGAUAGACUUGCUGAAUAUGAACGAAACAGGAAACACAAGUUGAGUGAUGACGACGACGACGACGAUCACAAUAAAAGUAAUGAUGGCAUCUGCCCAUCUUCCAAGAAAAUAAAAAUGACACAAAGUAGGGGAAGUUCAACUGAUGAGUACGUUGAACACGAUGACGAAGGCCAUCGUAACGAUGAUGAAGCAAUAGCAGUGGCAGCAGAGCAACAGAAUAGAAAUGAAAUGAUGGAGAGUGAGCACGAUGAAAGGAGGAACGAACAAGACGUGUCGAGAUCACCAUCUCCAUUAUCUGAUGAUUCCAACUACAAAAUAAACUUUCCAUCAACCUCCAGCCAGGCACAAAGAGGAAGGAGUUCCUCACAACUGAAAUCCAUCAUCACUUCAUCCUCAUCCAGAAGAAACAAACUUGCCGAUGUUGACAACAAAAAGGGAGAUGAUGACAGAGCCGAAGAUGACAAUGACGACAUCUACCCACCACUGAAACAUUCUGAAUACGUUCGCAUACCUUACAAUGAUGAUAACAAGUAUGUCUUCAAGCCACUCUACAAGCUAAGUUCAUUCAAGAAAUUCCCUUUUCUCUAUAAUAACGAUGGUGAGGCUGAUGGUGGUGCUCUAUUGGGGGCUCACAAGGGGGUUAAAAAGUUUAGGCUGACAGAGGCAGACAGGGAGAUGCUGAAAUUUACAGUCAUCAUUAGCAGCAGCAACAGCAAUGGCGGAGAUUGUAGUGAAAGUCACAAGUCUUCUGGAUCACAAGUUCCAAUGGAGCAAGGGCACAAAAGUUUGGAUGAAUGUGAUCUAAGACACAAGAUCCACGACAGACGAACCAAACGACAAACUACGUCGUCGUCAUCGGCGCUGGCAGCUGUGGCAGGAUCAGCUGAUAGCAGCAGUAAAGCAACAAACGUCAGUGAAUCAACCUCUGUCCUCGAGACGCUUGAUGUUCAUAAUAUCGAUAUGAAGCAGCCAAUCAGAAGAGUCGUCGAGUCGAAGGACUCUCAUUCACUGGUCACCACAAUUUCUAAUGGACCAAUGGUAGAAUCCAAGAGAUCUGUCGUGAUCACCAGACAGCAGUCGAUGAAAUGA